CUCGCACUGCGCAGACUCGCACUUGCUCGCUACUUCCUGCUUCUGUGUUGACAUCAGAAAGAACUCGGUAAAGCCACGUCGAGACAAGAAGAUGCACAUCUAAAGCCUGAUCAGUAUUCAUGACUCCAAAGAAACUAAAAAUGCAUCCUACUAGAUAAGAUACUGAACUGGAGAGCAGUGUGGACAUGAAUCAUCAAAGUCUCAAAGAAGGGGAGAUUUUGUGCCCUUCUUCCGCAUUGCCCCCUGGCUGGAUCAGAGAAGUGAGGCAGCGGAAAGCAGGCAAGACAGCAGGCAAACUAGAUGUCUACUUUACAAGUCCCGAAGGGCAAAGGUUCCGGUCCAGAGCAUCCCUACGCACUUUCCUCCUGGAAAGUGGAAGUGGUAACUUAGACAUAAGCCUCUUUGAUUUCACCACAUCCAAAGAUGAUGUUGUCACCCCUUCACAAGCACCCCCUCCCAAAGUAAAGCAGAGGAGAGGAAAGAAAAAGCCUUUAGAGGGACAGCAGGAGGAAACAGAAAAUGAAACAGCAAUUCUAGAGGCACCUCCAAAUAAAUCCAAACAAGCCUCUUCCUCCCUCAGAAGUGAUACUAAAAGCGGAAAAGUGAGGACGGCAGACGACACAAAUCAUAUUGAUGCUGACACUAAACUACAGAAGACUGCAUGUGUAUUAGAAGUGAAUGUGAAUGGAGACAAAACUACUGAAACUUUAAAUGGUUGUUUACAAGCUUUGACCGCAGAAAAAGUGGACAAUGUACAACUGCAAAAGAGCCCCCAAAGAGGAGGCCAACUGAGAGAGAAGUUACUCAGACUGGCUCCUUUAAGUAAUCAACCAAACACGUCUAUUCUUCAAGAGGACAAGAAAGCAGAUUUGAAGCCUUCGGCCCCGAUUUUGAAUGUUGAACCUGCCGCUGAGAGCGAGAAAAAAGGUGAUGAAAGCAAAGGUGACAACACUCCUAAUUCUGACCUGGAGACUGGCGAUGACAGUCGUCAAGAUGCUGAAGAACAUGCGUUGUUACCUGAUACCACUGAUGGGAGCUGUACACCAGUUCGAGAAUCCCAGAAUAAGUCCAAAAGCUUGGAAGGCAAGCGGAAAACAAGUCCUUAUUUCAGUGGGAAAUCCAGCAGAGAUGGACUUAGCCCACCGAGGAGGAAGGCCUUCAAGAAGUGGACACCUCCCCGGUCUCCCUUCAACCUCGUACAGGAAACUCUUUUCCAUGAUCCCUGGAAGCUGCUGGUAGCCACAGUUUUUCUGAACAAAACCAGUGGUAAAAUGGCCAUUCCAGUCCUGUGGCAGUUCUUUGAGCGUUAUCCAUCUGCAGAGGUGACCCGACAGGCCGACUGGAAGCCCAUGUCUGAACUUAUGAAGCCACUUGGCCUGUAUGAGCUUAGAGCCAAAACACUCAUCCGCUUCUCAGAUGAGUAUCUAACUAAACAGUGGCGUUACCCUAUUGAGUUGCACGGUAUUGGAAAGUACGGCAACGACUCGUACAGGAUCUUCUGUAUCAAUGAGUGGAGACAGGUAAAACCUGAUGAUCAUAAGCUAAACAAGUACCAUGCUUGGCUGUGGGAGAACCAUGAGAAACUGGGAAUCUGAAGGACCAGAAACAAGAAAAUCACUUCUAUCACACAAACUGCAGUUACCCAACAAUAUAACAAUAUUAGCAUUAUGGAGGACUUGAAAUUUUAAUCCUGAAUUUCUUCAAUAUUAUGCAGUAUUACGCUGGCUAACCUUUAAGAACUUUUAUUAUGUGUUGAAUAAAAUGUUUUAAGCUGGUUAAAAGUU